AUGGAAGUGGAAAUCUUUGAUUGCUGGGGAAUUGAUUUCAUAGGUCCUCUUCCUCCAUCUUUUGGAAAUGAAUACAUUCUUAUAGCUGUGGAUUAUGUCUCCAAGUGGGUUGAAGCAGUGACAGCUCCAAAGAAUGAUGCUAAAACUAUGGUAAAGUUUCUGAAGAAAAAUAUUUUUGCUCGCUUUGGAGUGCCUAGAGUCCUAAUGGCCUCCAGGAAGAGGAAAUCCAUUGCCUCCCGGCCCCGGGAGCCUUACGAUACUACCAGAUUCAUCUCUAAGGCUGCCUGGGAGAGGUAUUCCCAGAACGUUCACUCCCGGAACAUCCUUCCGAAGAAGAACAUUGUUCUCUACGUCACAAAGUAUGACGAGUUUCGCCAGGAGUGCGAGAGGUGA